AUGGCAACUCAAUUUACUUUCAGAUGGCCAAAGGGUCCUAAUGAUGUCAUUUUAACUGGUGAUUUCGAUAACUGGAAAGGUACUUUACCUAUGGUCAGAACUUUAGAGGAUGAUUUUGAAAUAACUUUACCUGUUGAAUUAUCUGAAGAAGAUAAAGAUAAAUUUUAUUUCAAAUUUAUUGUAGAUGGUAACUGGACUGUUAAUGAUAACUAUCAAAAGGAACUAGACCCAAAAGAUUGCGUUGAAAACAAUUUUAUCACUAAGGAUGAUAUGUUUAGUACUAGUCAAAUUAAAAGUGCUAUUCCUGAGUCGGGUGGUUUAUUAGCUGCUAAUUCUGCCCAAUCCACUCAACGUGGUCCUCCUUCUACUUCAAACAAGAAGAAGAGAAAGAACAAGAACAAGAAAAAAAAUAAAAAGAAGAAGUCUACAAAGAAAGAAGGUGCCAAUGAACCAGAAACUGAAAGCUCCAGGGAUGGAACUCCAGGACAUGAAGGUGAAGAAGAUGGUGAAGAAAUUGAAGCUACAAAUGAAGAAUUGACUUCAACACCAGCUACUAAGCAAGAAGAAAAUGAAGAAAAACCACCAGUAACUACUAUUGAAGACAAAGAAGUACCACUAGUGGAAACAAAGACUGAUUUAGUCGAGCCAACUAAGGAGGAACCUGUCAAACCUGAAGAAGUCGAAGAAGAAGACUUGUCUCAAAAGGAAGCUCACAUUUUACCGGUCGAAACUAAAACUCCACUUAACAAAUUCGGUUCUUCUAUUGCUCCUGGCCCAGUCAUGGUUAAAAAUCCAUCAUCUGUAAAAGAAUUUUAUGAAGUUUCUGAUGUCAAUGCAAAGGAAUUGAAUCAAAGAUUGAAUCAAAAGGAAUCAAUUGAAGCAGAAGAAGGUGUACCUACUUUGGAUCCAAAUGCUCAACCUAAACAGGAAAUGGUUGAACAAGCUGCUGUUCCUGCAGAAGCUGUUGUUCAAAAAGAAACCAAAGCUGUUGCUCAAAAGGUAACCAAAGCUCCUACUUCUGAGAAAGCCAAACAAGAACAGCAACCUAAAGAACAAAAGCCUGAAUCCAGGGAAAAGCCAAAACCUGAAUCUAGAGAAAGACCAAAAGAAAAGCCAAAGAAAGAAUCUAAACCUUCUAGUCCAACUAAGAAGACCCCACUUAACGAACCAAGACCUCAGGAAAAGAAGAAGAAGAAGGGUAUCUUUAGUAAAUUAAAGAAAUUCUUCAGCUGA